AGUGAGUGCCAAGUGGUGGCGACGCCGGUGAAGCUGUUGCAGCUGUAGACGGCGAAGAUUUAUUAAAGAAGGUAUUUUGAGGCAAGGGCGCGCUGUCCGGUGAGAGGCCAUCUAUCCCGAUAUCAUAAAGUGUGUGUGCGCGCGCGCGCGCUUUUGCGAGAGAGAGAGAAAGAGAGGGAGAGAGAGGGGGAGGAGGAGGAGGAGGAGGAGGAGGGAGCCGCGGAGGAUGAGUUAUUCCUGUGCCGGCACUGAGGCAGUGUGUACCGGACAAGGAGCCUCCAGUAGCGGGAGCACCACCACUUCCGAACCCGACAGCAGCCCACCUUGCGGGACUAGGGCGUGUAAGAACCAGAGCAGCAGCUCCGAGCGAGGCGCGGCAAUGAAAGUCAAAAAAGGCUGCAACUCGACGGACGCAGGGAUCCCGGUGACUACGGAGGAGGAGCUGCUCAGGAAGACUGACAUCACUCCGGAGGAUGUGUUAGGGCUGCAGAAGAUCACCGAGAAUUAUUUGUGUUCCCCAGAAGAAAAUGUGUACCAAAUUGACUUCACUAGGUUUAAAAUACGAGACAUGGAGACUAGCACUGUGCUGUUUGAGAUCACCAAGCCCCCUGCUUCAGAGAGAACUCAAGGAGACAAGAGGGACUAUGAUCCAAAUGCUGGUCGAUUUGUCCGGUACCAAUUUACUCCUGCUUUCCUCAGACUCCGCCAAGUUGGAGCAACGGUAGAGUUUACAGUUGGAGAGAAGCCUAUCAAUAAUUUCAGAAUGAUUGAAAGGCAUUAUUUCCGUGAGCAGCUGUUGAAGAGCUUUGACUUUGAGUUUGGCUUCUGUAUCCCAAGCAGUAAAAACACAUGUGAACACAUCUAUGAGUUUCCUCCACUCUCAGAAGAAAUAAUGCGGGAAAUGAUCAUUCACCCAUAUGAAACUCAAUCUGACAGCUUCUACUUUGUUGAUAACAAGCUUGUGAUGCACAAUAAGGCGGAUUAUUCUUACAGUGGAGGACCUUAGGAAAAGACCAGUAAAAUCCGCAAGAAGAAGAGGAGGGAGCACAUGUGCGCGCACACACACCCACUGCAAUCCUAGGGAGUUUGGAACCUUCCAGCAGAAGCUUGCCUGCCAAAGUUUUGGAGGAAUGACUUGAGAAUUUUUCAGCGAUACCUGGUACCUCACUGGAGUCAAAUAGGGUCCAGAUAAUCCAAAGUAGUUCAAGUGGUAAAGUUGAGCAGAAGUGCACCCUAUAGUUUCACUGAAGAAAUACAGUUCUUGCUAUUAAGUUGCUUUGUUUUAUGCACUUCUAUUGUUACUGCAAAUCAUUUCCUAAGUAGGAGUAAUAUAACUUUUGCUGUUGGAGUGCAGGUUUCUUUGCACACUGCAGUUUAUAAGAUGUUGUGUGUGUUGAAACUGCAGCCUCAAUAGACUGAGCCAUAAACUCAAGCAAUUAUCAAAACCGUUUAAAGCAAUGUGUGUGUGUGUGUGCACAUAAUAAAUGUGCGUGUGUGAUCGGAGUGGUCAUAGUUUAUAAUAUAGGGCCAUUAUAACUAACCUACAGAAAUAUAUACAUUUAUUAAAGAAACACACUUAAAAGAAUCAUUUUUAUUUUUUAUGGUGGGUGAAAGUAAAUUGAUACAUGAAGAAUAAAAAUAUUCCCUCUUAGCAAUGAGCUUGAUGCACUUUAUGGGUCAGGUCAAUGGAUGAAGAUAUAAUAAAAUGUGGGAAAAUUUGUUUACACUUCAGUGGUGCAGCUUCUACUGAAUUAGAGUAGAACCACAGAAUUUAAAAGGGAUGAAAAAAAUAUGCAAAAUGUUCUUCAUUGAAGUGAGAACAAAGGUCUGAGGCAGAAAUGUUGUUUAUUGUGAAAAAUACAAGGAGAAAAAACAUAAGAGUUGUUUUGCUUGCUGAAAAAAUCUUAUUGGUUGGCAAUUAAUAUCUAAUUGUAAGUAUCGGCAUUAACAAAGCAGACAUGCAAAACAUUCAUAUCAAAUCCCCUUUUUCAGAUUGUGUGAAUCAAAGUAAAACACUUUUUUUGUUGUUUUCUGUUUUCACUUUUCCCUGAUUGUGCCUAAAUGAGAAGACCAUUUGGCCUGUUCUAGCUCCUGCAAGAAGGGAAAACCUAUAGCAGACGUUUGGGUCACCUUUUCUGUGGUACUCCUCAGGCAGCACAUUCCUAACAAAUUUCCCCUUUUUCAUGCUAGUUAUAUAGAUAUUCCUGCAAUAUCAAAAAGGAGAUCAUGUCUGUCAUACUAUUUCUCCAGUUUUUGACACUUCCUAUCUUUUUUAAGUGGACUUUAUCAGUCCAUACUGUGGAUUUUCUAUUAAGGUAAUAUUGUUGAAUGAAGGAUGAAAGGAUUAGUUAUUUUUUUAAGUUGCACACCCCAGUCUUUACUUUGGAAUUUCUAGUUUGAGCUAUAUAUAACCAUAGUUAACAGAUAUAUUAUUUUUAUAGUGAUUGUUUUUAAUUUGUAGUUGAAUUUUUUAUUUUACUAAUCUGGUGUAAAGUGUAUUUCUAUUUUUACAAUUACACAAUAAAAUGCGUUUUUCAAUGAUGAACAUUACAGUAUAUCACUAAAGUUUAUGUUUUAAUGAUUGAGGCUUAAACCUGGGAGACACAUUUAGCCUAAAUUACAUCAAUGCAGAUGAAACGUAUUUUAUUUCUUCAAAUUAUAUAUUAGGGAAAAAAGUGCAAACUGAAAGUUGUCCUCCAUGUAACAACAAUUAUCUGACAUUCUUUAAUACACCCAAAAUUGCAGUAAGCUGUACAUUUGUAAUUAAAAUUAAGGGACAGACUUAAUAUUAAGGAUGAACUCAAUUAAUCCAGCUUAUACACUGUUCGUUUAAAAUCUAUUGUUGGCAUCUGAAAUGGAGCAGUUCACUCUGAAUUUUUGUAGUGUUUAUUGGCAAUAAGAUGAUGUGUGACUACUUGCUAUAGCCUUCUUCUAGUGUGGCACAUCUGUUUGGAAUAGUUACAGAAAAAUUGGGCAUUCCACACACAUCAGCUUUGCACAUAGUUUAUUUAGUUCCAUGCUGUGAAUAACACUGAAGAAAUUAUGCAUUUUGUUUGGCAAUUGUAGUACGUUUUGAUUUAACCAGGUAUAUAUAUAUAAAAUAAAUGAGCAGAUACCAAAUAGGCAACCUGUUAUUAGCUUUUGCUUAUGAAACUGCAUUGCACUGCUGUGAUUAUCCUUAUAGUAUUAUAAAUUUAUUAUUUAUUCAUGGUGGCUUCUGGUCUGGAAACUUAGGCACACAUACCCAUUUUAGGGCAGUCAUUUAAGCCACCACUAAAGUUCAGCCACUCCUGUGGUCGUAUGAAUUCUAAUUUGAUAGAAUGAUGAACUGGUAGUUAAGCAGGGUUCUGGAAGGUAAGUUAAUCACCAAUGUUAAGUGAUUAAAGGAAUAUACUUAUUAUGACAAUCUUAUUAAUAAAACUGAGCAAUUUAUUUUUUGUAACUAAGAGGAAAAAAAGUAUUCUUGUGUGUGUUAAUGGCAUCAGUCUGUUUUUAGGGACUUACAGUAUAGCUCCUAUUGUGUGUCCACAAUUGUGCUCAAAAGGUAAGAAUUUGCUUUGUGAUAUGGAGACCCAGUGUAUACCACUUGUUUGUAUGUGUAAUGAAGACAAAUAGGAACCUUUGUAUAAAGCAGGAUAUAAAAGAAAACCACCAUAAUGUCAUACAUACUGUACAGCUUCUAGCAGCCUCAUUUAAAAUUGUAUAGCACAGAAAAGUGAGUCUUUGUGGUAGUUGGUCACAUUUAAUAUGUCACAUUAAGACAACUAAGCAAGGAUGCGUGUUCUAACUUCCUUUCAAAGGAUCUCAUAUCUGUAAGUGAAUACAUUUGAGGAUCAUUAUGUAUUAAAAUGUAGCUCUUCAACACAGUAAAACAUAAUUAGAAACAAAAAUUUUUCUACAAACUGUGCUAUUAAAAUAAAUGUGCCGUGAAGGAGUGAUAAAUGUUUUUA